AUGACUGACGAAGUUAACUCUUUGACGCAAAACGAUACGCGUACGGACGCCGAUUCCUUGAAAGGGCUAGGAUCCAGCCUUAAACCUGGCAAACCGCUCGAUGAAGUAUUUUCAAAGUCAUCUGCGGAGCGAGGUUUAUGCUCUCGUUGUGCAAAUUACAAUUGGGUGUACCAUCUGAAACGCUGUGCUGUUAUACAAACGGAUAGGGCGUUCAUGUUCGAGGAUGCUUUCGUUAACGAGUACAUAGAUCGCUACGGAUCGCCAGAUACUAGGCCACCGAGAAAUUCUUACAGAGAUGCUUAUUAUCUGAUAAAAGACGCACCAUAUUCAGGUUCUUACUAUAUGUCGGACGAUAAAUCAGAAACAAUAAUUAGCCUGGGACCAUGUCAUUCUUCGGAUUUGUCUCGGCACAAUUGCUCGGUGUGUAAUUUGAUAUUGGAUUCUGUCCACAAAGUUGUUCUACGAUACGGUUCAUCCUUAGAUCUAUGGCUGAAAAACUACUCUUCCGGAUUUGCGAUUCAAGAUACCCAGAUGCGGUUCAGUGUCCUCCCAAAGGAGGAUUCUUCCUUUGCGCAUCGCUAUGAUCCUGGUAUACUUGAUAUAUGUUUUCAACUUCCAUUUGACCCUAAUCCUCCUUUUUAUGGGUAUAUCGUACAUUACACGAUGGCGGACUUUCAAGUCACUGAAUAUUUUACUCGAGCCACGAUUGACCCUUACCAAAUCGAUCUCAGUAUGGUCAAGAAUUGGUUGACCUAUGGAACACAAGCGGGCAAACAUAUGCACGUGGAGCGUACGAAAUUCAUUGGCGGUUUUAAGGUGAUUGAUGUACACACCAAUUGUGUCGUUGUUGGUCCAACAGACUGCACAUACAUGGCGCUGAGUUACGUCUGGGGAAACAUUUCGCCCUUUCGCGUCAAAAGCGCAGACUUUGUGGUCAGUAAAAAUGGCGCAGGCUCUUUAGAGACAAUUUACGCUCAACUGGACAUCCAGAAGCUUCCACAAACAAUUCGAGAUGCCAUGUUUCUUGUUAAAUCCCUAGGGGAGCGAUAUCUGUGGGUUGACUCACUGUGUAUCACACAAGACAACGAAUCUGAAACGAAGGCCAUGAUUCGCGCAAUGGACGAUGUGUACCAAGCUGCCUCGCUUACAAUAAUUGCGGCUUGUGGUGAAGACUCUGAAGCAGGACUCCCUGGAUUAUACCCUGCAUCGAGAGAUCUAAAGCUUGGUAUAGGCUCGGUUGAAGGCAUUCGUCUUGUGGCCACCGAAGAAAGGAUGAACGAUGUCCUUGCAAAGUCAAGGUGGGCGACUCGUGGUUGGACUUACCAAGAGUAUCACUUUUCUGAGAAGGCCCUAAUCUUUGUUAACCAAAGAGUGUACUUUCAACAGGGUACUGAAGCAUGGGGCGAAGUACAACCAACUCGUGCUACGGGGGGCAUGAACCGUUUUCUUUCAGCCCUGGAUACUGGUCUUUGGCACUCUUAUAGCCAGCAUGUAAUCACAUACAAACAACGAGAUCUUACAAAACCUGAAGACAUUUUGAAUGCAUUCAGUGCCAUCCUUCAAGACCUGUCAAGCCGGUAUAAAACGAUGUUUUGCUGGGGUUUACCUACCAAACACUUUGAAUUAAGCCUGGUUUGGGCUUUAUGUGGGAAUAGCGUACCAGCACGUGCUCGACGGAAAUGUGGAAACAAAUUUCCAUCUUGGUCGUGGGCGGGUUGGGAAAGCCUUGUUUACUUUCCUAGUGGUGAGAUUGGGGUUUACAAAUGCAGACUGACACCAGCAAUCACAUGGCCUUGGGAUUCUCAAUACGGUCUGGAGUGCAAGGAAGAUGUAUUCGAUAGCGGGAUUCUGACUAUCGAUGUUGCGUCUACUAUGUUGAAGCCCUCGAAAGUUCGGUCAGAAGGCAAUGCAAAAGAAGAACAAGAUAGCCCGUAUUUUCAGCUAAAUAACGGGUUGGCGUGGACCAGUGAUGUAGAAUGUAUUCUUCUGGCUACUACUAUACAGCCCGACUGGCUUACUCGCCCUUCCAGAUUACGUUUGCAUUUGGCAAUACAGAGAGGAGAGGAUGAAAUUUACUACAGAGUGGGUCAUAUCGCGUUGAGGGAGGAAUCAUGGGAAGGUGUUUCAUAUGAACGCAAACGAAUUCGACUAGGAUAG